UUGAUGUCCAAGGUGAGAUCGAUCUUCAUGCGCAGCGACAAUGGAGGGGACCCCAAGACGACAUCGCGCAUCUCGCCAGCCACGGAAUUGGCACUCGACGGAGACGUCGAAGCACCAAGGGUUAUAUCAUCCCCGUCGCUUACAAAGCAACCCACGCUCCCAAUGUCCACAUCGUCCACCUUUGGCAGGCUUACCAUUCGCGUCAUUGAAGGGUCGGACUUGUCGUUGGCAAAGCUCGAUCCUGCACAUGAAGCGUUGUCGACCUCCACCACGUAUAGAUGGGUGAAGGCGUUCCGACGGACCUCCCUCACCGGCCGCAAACCCACCGCCGACACCAAACUGCCCCCAACCGCUGCAGCCGUGUGUGUAGUGGUGCAUAUCACUGGCGAGUCACCUCAUUUAUACUCGACGGACUGCAUCCUAGCGUCGCAUGACUCGUGGAACGAGGAGUUUAUGAUCGACACAGUGUGCUGUGACGAAGUGCUGACGCUGUACGGCAUCGAUCGCAUGCGAAAUCCUCCCUACUACGAUUUGCUCGCAGAGGACAUGGACCAUCAUCCAGGGUGCAUCGGCAAAGUGUCGAUUCCGCUGUCUCGACUGCCCGAGAACGAAGAAAUCGAACAAUGGUACUCGUUCACAGGCAACACGACGUCCCAGACGUUCACCCGCGCCGCGAUCCGCGUCAGUCUCAAGUUCACGGCCGUGGCGCCGUCGAGUCCGCUCCAUCACCAUCCUCCGCGGCACCCCAGCUUCAUCGGACAUCCUUCGUCCGAUCCCUCGACCCACGUCGACGAAGACAUGGAGGACGAGGCGGCGACGACAGACUUGUGCCUGCCCACGGGGUUGGUGGACUAUGUGCUGCUCGUGGGCCCCCCAUCCCUCCGCUGCCCGGACGCCGACAAGACCCCCACGGACAACGUCAUACUCAAACGAUACCCUCCACACGACCGCACCGAUUUUCCUCUGCCCACCAAGAUCGAAUGGUUCUGCUUUCCUGGCGGGUACGAAGCCACGCUGUCAGAAGAGCACUGUCGUCAUCCGCCGCAUCCCAAGCAGUUUACGUUUGUGUUGUCUGGGGGGGCCGAUGGUUUGUCCAAGUGCUACGGGUCCUGUGUGUGGGUGUACGAGCCGAUCGCCGCCGCCUCGUUGCCGACUCGAUGGCACCCCCAGUGCCUGUGCAUGCUGUCGCGGGUACCCAACCUACUCGAGUUCAUGCAAGACGCGGCGAUCGCACUCAUGUGGCAGUACAUGCACGGCGUGGACUUGGCAGAAGCGUACUGUACCCAUCUCACGACCACCAUCCCCCGCCCCAUCCCGAACCUCCUCGACGUGUCCAUCACGUUGGCCGGACUCACGUGGAGACUGUCGAUGCCUCGACGGCAGCAGCGCAACCCCACUGCAAACAAGCACCCCGAGCUUCCGUCCUCCUUGUCCGCCGCUGAUCGCGGACGAAGCGAGCCCCCGUCGUCCGUGCUGCUUCCCCCGCUUCCGUACUCGAUGAGCGUGUUCUUCGACUGCUUUCCCGUCGCCGUGAUCGUCCAGCUCGUCAUUUUAGGGCUGUGUGAGCACCGCAUCGUCGUGCACUCGACGCAGUUGUCCCUGCUGUGCCCCGUCACAGAGACCCUCAAAGCACUGAUGUACCCAUUCCGGUGGCAACAUCCGUACGUGCCCAUGCUGCCGCGCAUCUUGUCGGAAUACCUCCAGGCGCCGCUACCGUACAUCCUCGGCGUGCACAGCUCGUGGCUCCCGAGUUUGUUUGAAGGGGGCCGCCCGGACCACCUCGUACUCGUGGAUGCCGACAGAGGCACCAUCACCAGUAGCUUUACAACCCACAGCGACACGCAGCCCCCGGUCCUCCCCCUCGGCCUCACCCGGGACCUCUAUACCCGCCUUAAGAGGUUCAAGGCCGAGGCAUGGAGCCCCGUCGUGGAGCACAACAUCCGGCUGUCGGUCGCGACGUAUAUCACGACCAUGCUCACGGGGUACCGAGAUUGCUUGUUUUUCGUGAAUUCGAGCUUUCCCGUGUUCAACAAGCGGCGGUUUUUGGCCAAUUAUGUAAAACCAGACGCGAUGCCGUUCAUGACCAAACUGUUGACAACCCAGACAUUUGAAGCGUUCCUGGAAAACCACGGCUCCACCCACAUGGACGCGUUUCACUCGAUGUACACGCUGCUGUGCAAAGCGCAGGACCAGUCGCCGCCGCUGCUGUGGAUGGAAGUGUCUGCUCAAAGCAGCAUCAUCAAAGAUGGCCUCUGCGACAAGGUGCUGGUGGUGCCUCUGGACCAGCCGCCCAUCCUUCCCGGAUCGCUCUAUGCGAUGGCCAAAGCCAUUCAGUCCCGGUCGUUAGUGAUCGUUCACGACGAUGCAGUAGCUGGGGGGGACAUGGGGCCCGUGGUUCCGAUUCUGAAGGUGUGGACGCUGGACGACGCGGCAGCUGCCGUCGGCCUCGACAAAGCGACCCUCGAGGAGGCCGUGUACCCCAAACAUAGCAGCGGUGGAUCCCACGACACGUUAUCGCAUACUUUGCAUCGCCAGUUGUCUACAGAAGAGGAAAAGGUCGAGCAGAGCAUGCACAAGUGCUUGGUGGGCAUCUUUUCGUCGGACGACACCUUGUUGGACGGCGUGCGCGAGGCGUGUAAAGCAAGUUUCAAGGCACCGUACGCCCGGGAGUUGUUUGUGCUCAUCUUGAUGCAGCCCCACCAUCAUCAUCGCUCUUCGACCUCAUCCGAGUCGUACAAUGGCGCUCGGGGAAGCGGCAGUUGUCUAGGGGACGUGGGCUUUCGACUGCUCGUGAGCUUGGCAUCCGAGAUGCUCGAACAGUGUCAUGUGCACGAGGACUUUACCAACGCCCGGGGGCUGCUCCAAGUGUCGGCGCAAUUCUACCGCGUCGUGCCAGGGACGACUCACCCCCACCCCCAGCAUCAUCCCUUGCAACCCAACCAGCUCGGGACUCUAGGAGGCAAGCGCGAGUACUUGCAGCAGUCCCUAAAGGCGCAACCGAUUUGCCGAUCCCUCGACAUGUGGCACCACGCGUUCAGUCGCGAUGUGGAAGCCGCCAUCAAGUCGGACGAGGCGGCGGCGAUUGUGACCGACGACAUGUUCUUCUCGCACAUGGGGUCGCUGGUGUACGACAUGCUCAGUGUGGACGUGCCCGUGGUUAAAGUACACACGUUUGUGUGUGGGAUGUGCAGCACGUACUCGAAACCCAAGGACCUCCAUGAGACUCUGGCGACACUCGUCGACAAUCUCCAUCGCGCGUUGGUUCUGUCCAUGGAAACAUCAUCCUUACCAUCAUCCCCGCUACUUCUUUCUACUUGCCAUGCUCCUAUGUGGACGACAUCAUCGUCCAACAACAUGGAACUACAUGCAUCAUCGGCGCCAUCUUCCCAGUACGACUUGGACACGGUCAUCCGCCGCAAGCUGUCCAAUGUAUCUGACGCGUCUAGCUCGUCCGACGCCGCCAAUGCUCUCAUCGCAACGUCGUCGCCCAUCUCGUGUCUUGCCGUCCAGGGCCAACAUGUCGUCGCGGGGUGUAUCGACGGAUCCAUGCAUCUGUAUGCAAGUGACGCGGUGACGCAUCAUCUGGACGGCCACGGCGCGCCCAUCACGCAUGUCCAGGUGCGGGGACACGCGGUCGUGUCGACCUCGUACGAUGCCACCGUCCGGGUGUGGAACCUGCACGCGUACGGGACAUCCCCGAGGUCCCGCCCCAAGCCGCCGUUUCUGAGGUUUUUGGCGGCGACCGACACCGAGUCGGCGUGCCGGGUGCUGCGGGGGCACACGUCCCCCGUGGUGGCGUUGGAGUUGGGCAAACAAUUGGCGGUGGAUCGCGUCCUUUUGGCUACUGGGUCGUGGGACAAGAGCAUCCGCAUUUGGGAUUCGACCAAGGAAGCCAGCGUCCUGCACUUGGCACAUGCAAGUGCCAUCACGUGCCUCAAGUUCCUGGCGACGUCGUCCGUGCUCGUGAGCGGCGACGCCGGCGCCGGCCUCGACGUGUGGGACGUCGUCCACGGGGGCCGCAAGAAGGGCCACUUCACGGCGCAUCGGAGCGGCAUCACCGAGCUCCAAGUCGCCGGCGAUCGCCUCGUCAGUGCCUCCAACGACCGCAGCUUGAAGGUGUGGGACGUGCACUUUCGCAGCGGACAGAGCUGUACCCAUGUGCUGAUGGGGCACAGCGGUCCCGUGACAUGUGUAGCGUUGGGAGGUCCGGCCGACCCGACCAUCUGCUCGGGGUCUGCGGACGGCGUCGUCAAAGUCUGGGACCUCCGCGCGAGCGGCAAAGGGGCGCGGCUCGAGCUGACCGGACACGGCGGACGCAUUACGACGCUGCAGCGGGACUUCACCAAGGUCAUUUCUGGCAGCGAAGAUGGCACGCUGCGGGUAUGGAACAUGUACACGGGCGUGUGUGGCCAAGUGCUGGCCGGCCACAGGAGCGGCAUCACGGGCGUGGGGUUCCACGAUCCAAACUUGCUGACUGGGUCGUGGGAUGGCACCGUGCGAGUGUGGGAUGUGAAUGUAGACAGCUGAACAAAGUGCAACAGAAUCCACGUAU